GUGAAGGUACAUCCCAGCCCACAAAAUGCUUUCAGCUCUUCUGGUCUGACCUCAGCUUCACCAUCAACCUGGUGUUGAAGGAACCUAACUUCCUACAGGGGAAGAGGAGGCGACUCACUUUUUGUCACCCAGUGUCUGCCUGCCUCAAAGUACAAAGUUCCUAGCUACAGUGACGAUCAGAUCCAGUGGAGUAGGAGACAGAGCAAGUGGGAUUCCGGUCAGAAACGAAACUGAAAGAAAGCUUUCCUCCCAGGCCUGGGGAGGCUGGCAGAGGUGGGCUAGGAACAGACAAUAGGCCAGAGAAAGGGUGAUUUUUAGAAAGCUGAAGAAAAGGGACCCUGUGACCCACACUUUCAUUUCUCCUAAAUAUGAAGUGAAGUGACGUGGCAGAGGCAGUUGCAGAGCUAGUGAAAGGGGGAAGCCCAGAGUUUCCUAAGAGGAGAGAGAGAUGGAGGAUGAGCAGGGAGGAAGAGCUAGAGGGGACUAGGAGAAGGGCAGUCAGGUGAAGAGGGGUGUGUGGAGGAGGUGGCAGGGACAGUGGGGGGCCACUGAGACCCAGGUGUCAUAAGGGAAAGGGACAAUUGUUGAGGGAGGGCAGCCAACCAGGGGAGACUAGAGGAAAGGGGGGGCAGAGAAGUGGGCGUAGGAGGAAGAACCAGGGGGCUGGGUGACAGUGGAGGCUACAGGGUCAGGCUGGAGGGGAGACAGUGAGGGUGAAACGCUGGGGAGGGGGCAAGCAAAAGGAGAAUUAGGGAUGGGAGGAGAGCAGUGAGAAUUGCUGGGGAGGUGGAAUCUGGGUAGCAAAGAGAGGGACUAGAGGCACCGAGAAAGGAAGGGAGAGGACAGAGAGAAGAGGGGACAGGGAGAAGCAAAGAGGGGGGGGUCCCAUUUAAGAGAGAAGAGGAGAGAGCGGAGGAGGCCGGCCAUGCCCCCGACGGGCGCCUUGGAGCAGCCGGGCAGGCCUGGAGAGCGGCGGCCGCUGCUGGGCAGAGGCCCCCGGGGUCCCCGACCAUGGCGACGGACGGCGGGAGCCGCGGUGCUGCUGGUGGAGAUGCUGGAGCGCGCCGCCUUCUUCGGGGUGUCCGCCAACCUCGUGCUCUACCUCAACAGCCUGAACUUCAACUGGGACGGCGAGCAGGCGUCGCGGGCCACGCUCCUCUUCCUGGGAGCAUCCUACCUGCUGUCGCCGGUGGGCGGCUGGCUGGCGGACGUGUACCUGGGCCACUUCCGAGCCAUCGCGCUCAGCUUACUGCUCUACCUGGUGGCCUCGGGCUUGCUGCUCACCAUCAUCACCGAUGAUGGCCGCAGAUCCUUCUGCGGAGAGAUGCCCGAACUGCCUUUGGAGCCAGCCUGUCAGUCGUCGGACUGCCAGCGCUUCUGGUCCAGCCCCUACUGCGCACCCACUCUCUACGCGUUGCUGCUGCUCCUGGCGCUGGCCACCAGCUCCUUCAGGAGCAACCUCACCUCGUUCGGGGCUGACCAGGUGAUGGAUCUUGGGCGUAAUGCCACCCGCCGCUUCUUCAACUGGUUCUAUUGGAGCAUCAAUCUGGGUGCCGUGCUGUCGCUGCUGGUGGUGGCCUUCGUCCAGCAGAACAUCAGCUUCCUGUGGGGCUACAGCAUCAUCGUGGUCCUGGUGGGCCUGGCAUUCUUCAUCUUCCUCUUUGCCACCCCCGUCUUCAUCACCAAGCCUCCUAUGGGCAGCCAAGUGUCAUCGAUGCUGAAGCUGGCAUUCCGAAACUGCUGUCCCCAUCUGUGGCGACAGCACUCUGCCAGGGACCCUCAAGGUGCCCACCUGCUGCCUGACCAGAGGUCUCCCCAGCCUGGUCCUUCCCCUCAAGAAGACAUGGCCAACUUCCAAGUGCUGGUGAAGAUUCUGCCUGUCAUGAUGACCCUGGUGCCCUACUGGAUGGUGUACUUCCAGAUGCAGUCCACCUAUGUCCUGCAAGGUCUUCACCUCCACAUCCCCAAUAUUUUCCGGUCCAACCCUAUCAACAGCUCCUUGACUCUGAGAGCAAAGAACAGCAACUACAGGAUCCCAGAAGCCUGGCUCCUGCUGGCCAAUGUUGUGGUGGUACUAAUUCUAGUCCCAGUCAAGGACCGCUUGAUUGACCCAUUACUGCUGUGGUGCAAGCUGCUGCCCUCGGCUCUGCAGAAGAUGGCCCUGGGCAUGUUCUUUGGGUUUACUUCUGUCAUUGUGGCAGGAGUCCUGGAGAAGGAGCGCUUACAGUACAUCGCUGCCAACCAGACAGUGUCUCAGCAGAUCGGGAAGGACCUGUACUACGCAGCACCACUGUCUAUCUGGUGGCAGAUCCCCCAGUACUUGCUCAUUGGGAUCAGUGAGAUUUUUGCCAGCAUCCCAGGUCUGGAGUUCGCCUACUCAGAGGCCCCACGCUCCAUGCAGGGUGCAAUUAUGGGCAUCUUCUUCUGCCUGUCGGGUGUGGGCUCGCUGUUGGGCUCUGGCCUGGUGGCCCUACUGUCCUUGCCAGGGGGCUGGAUGUACUGCCCUAAGGACUUUGGGAACAUCAACAACUGCCGGAUGGACCUCUACUUCUUUCUGCUGGCUGGAAUUGAGGCUGUCACGGCUGCCCUGUUUUUCUGGAUUGCUCAGCGCUAUGAGAGGGCUCAUCCGAGUGUGGGUUCCCAAAACCCUUCUAGCCGGGACAGGGGCUGAACUGGGCUCCACCCACAGGGGCAGUGU